ACAGAAGGGAGGAACUGAGAAAACAUUUUGUGGGGAAGAAAAUAUGGUCGAAUGAGAUUAGAUUUACAUACUAUACUACCCACUAUUUGUUUUGAUUUCAGAAGCAGUGCGGUAAAACCUUCAUUAUUGUACUUUUACUUUAUAACUUAAUACUUAACAGAACUGUUGAUGCGGAAUGAAUGAAUAAUUGCACGAUAGGCCUACAUCGGCGGGGUUAUAUAACACCAUUUUCAAUGCAGUACUUGGAAUGCCACAAAAAGUAAGCAUUGAAGUAGUUUGAAACUUUCUGUAACAGAUUUUUUUUUUGGGGGGGUGAAUUAAAGGAGAAAGGUACUGGGCGACACGACAAUGGACCCGCUGGAUUCCCUGGAGACAGAGGAACUGCUGCAGGUUUUUCACCGUCACAAAACAGAAAUGUCCUGCUAUGAGAGUCCGACCGUCUUCAUAAACCAGCUCAGGGAUCAUAACCUGAUACCGGAAGACAGCUACAAGAAGUUAACUCGCAUGAAGAGCAAAGAUAGAAUAAAACAAGCGCUCUAUGAUCUUCUCAGCUGGUUGGAGAAAAAUCAAUCCCAGCACAUUAAAGUCUUCUGGAGUUGCGUCUUCAAGGAGACCAUCAUGAACCAGUAUCCUCAGCUUCGAUUACUUCGCAACAGCCUCCUGGACGGAUCCUUCCGUGAUUACAAACAACUGCCUGAGAAAAUGGAAAAGGAAGAGUCAGCCGAAGGGAAAAGGAAGGAAAUGUCAGAAGAUGAGGAGGAAGAGGAGACCCAAGCAAAUUCAGUAAAAAAGAAGAAGAAACGGAGAAAGAUUGUGCUUGACGAGGGGGAGGAGCCGUCUGUUUCAUCAUGUAAGCUAACCCCAAUUCAAGGAAAAUCCAAGAAAGUAGUCUUCU